CGUAGCAUAAACAGUUUGUGAAGACGCGUCGUGGCGUAGAAAUUUUUGUGUGUCGCACAUCUCGUUUACGCCGCCGGAAAGGGGAAUACGCGAUAAGGACCUUUUGCCUUUUACUGUUCCAAUGCUCAGGAGGGGGUGUGUUAGAGACGCAUUGCGUUCGAUUAGAGUGUGCGUGAAGUGUCCUUUUUUCAUUGCCGGAUAGGGUGACCAGAAGAGUUCCGUGUAACCUGCCGACAGGAAGUCUGGUGAUGUAGACGAAAAUAGAGCAGGCCAAGUCAGGCGGUAUGGUUGUGGUCGCUACCGGCUCGGUUAAACCGAUGAACUGAAGAUCCGAAGAAGUGCAUUUGGCAAAGUUCGGGAUAUUUAUAGCAGCCGGAUCGAGUUUGCAUGCCGCUAAUGAUUUAAUUACGGGAAGAGAUUAGUGCAAUGUGCUGAAUCAAAGCGUGCGGGGCGCGGUUGCCGCCGUCGUCGUCGUAGUCGUCGUUGGUGACGAAAAAACGGGAAGCCAGUGAGUCACUUGACGGGUCGAACUGGAUCGUUGGUUGAUUAUUCUGAGAAGAACGCGCGGUUCCGAAAGUGAUUCGAGCAUAAAUUUAUACCGUCUUGGCGUGCGAUAGUGCGGCUUGGGUUUAGACGAAGCUAGCCGCAAAAGAGAAUCUCAACCCCUCAACAGUCGUGAUUGCCUCAAAAAGCGUUGGAAAAAGAUCUUCCGAAAUAAGAGCAAACCCGAGUCUACAGACUCCGCCACAGAGUUGUUUCGAGGCAGAGUGGCAAGUGAAUCUUCGAGAGCCAAAAAUUGAUGGUGUUCAAAUAAAACACACCCGAUUUGUUGUGUUUUUUCUCUCCUCUGUAUGGUGGAAGGUGUAAUCUCCGGUGUUCGUGUGUGGAGCUCCUGUGGAGUUUGCCCUGGUGGAAGCACAGUAAUAGAGUCCCAUAAAUCAUCGGAUUUAUUCGAUGUUGUUGGCGAACCAUAAAAAAAAUAUUACCAUUUAUGCUGUCCAGAUAGCGAUUUAUGAAUGCCGCAAGUGAACAGUGUAACGCAUUGAUGUUGCUGCUUUGAGAGCAGACGGUCAAAAAAAAACCCGAAGAAUUCGCGAGAUGUCGGUCAAAUUUCUCCACAGGUGAAUAUGAUUUCGUCACCAUUCCGGUAAUCGUGUAAAAUGGCAUCGAAUUGAAUGAAUUUCUUAUUGUUCGAAGCCAACCCGUGUCGGCGAAGUUUGAAUAUUGUGUGAAGUACGUAAGCCUUUUUAGUUUUUUAAAACCACUUGAGAGCCGGUGGCGGUAAUCGGCCUGCAAAGGGAAGGCCAACCAGGGGAAGCUAAUGAAGAAAUUGCUCGUGAGUCAACCGAAUCGAUGUUCACCGGAGAAGGUGUUAAUGAAGAAAUUAUAUAUAUGAUCGUGUGCCUAUCGGCUUCUUCGGCUAAUGAAAGCAAUAGGUUUCACUUUCGGUUGAAAGUGCUUUCGGUUUCGGUGGGAUGUGGGUCAUCAGAGUACGCAAAUUGUGAUGCCACAACCUGAACGCUGCUGCGUAGAAGCAAUUGCUGAACGACAUUCGAAGACCACGCCAGCGAUUCAUCAGCUCUAAAAUAUUGUCAGAAACAUUUAUAUGACAACCGACAAAAAAGUGUUCAUGUCAUAAGAAUAUAUUCAUGCCACGAAAAAAAAAAUAGAAUGAAACAAGCCCCACAGAUGUGAAAACAGACAAAACAACACUACCAAAUUGGGGGUACAACAAUUUGAUACUAAUUCGAAUAACAUAAUCAACAACAAUUAAAAGCAACCGAGUGAAAUGGCUCAGCAAACGAUACAAACUCUGUAAUACAACUACCACCACCACCACCAGAACGGAAGGUGAUUCAUGCUUUCGAUGCCGCGAACCCGUCGUCGGAAAAUGUGAGAAACACGAUCAUUAUCUAUGCAGGCAUAUUUAUGGUGCAUAAACAUAAUUUUUUUUUCGGGGGGAGCACGGAUGGACAGUAACAAAAGCAGACAGACGGCGAGGUGAAUGUAUUACCGGGCAACGCGAAAACAAUAAUAACAACAACCACAUCAGUAACACAAAAUAGAAAAAAAAUGUUCGUGCCAGGCAGUGUGUGGCAGGGAAGCAGUUUGAUGAUUCUGGCCGCUUGCCAGCAUAAUAGUGAUAAUUAGAUGGAUGAAGAGUGCUAAAUUAGAAGCCGGGUGUGAAGAAUUGUUCGGAAUAAAAUUGGAUUGUAUAUUUGAAAAGAGAGCUUACCGGUUCCGGCAUCGGGAAUAUUAUAUAAUUGAUUGUAUUAGUUCGGCGCUGGUGUUGAAUUCGAUAGGGGGGGAAAAUGUCGGUGCUGUUCCAAGUGAUAUAUGUGUCAGAAAGGCAGUGAAGCACAAAUAAAAGCGAAGGAUCAGAAGGAUUGGACACAACAUGGAUAAACCGGGCUGGGCGAUGGUGCUUAUCAUCGGGAUGACACUGUGUCUUCAUUCAAAAGCUCAAUACCGGACGCCGCGGAUAACGGAACAUCCCAGCGAUGUCCUGGUACCGAAGAAUGAUCCCGUCACGCUCAACUGCAAGGCGGAGGGUAAACCGGAACCGAAGAUUGAGUGGUACAAGGACGGCGAACCGGUUAAAUUUACCCCGAAUCAUGUCCUGCUGCCGUCCGGGUCGCUGUUCUUCCUGAGGACGGUGCACAGCAAGAAGGAACAGGACGGCGGAGUGUACUGGUGCAUGGCACAGAAUGCGGCCGGGAAAGUGCAGAGCCGCAACGCAACGCUGCAGAUUGCCGUUUUGCGCGACGAAUUCCGCGUUGAACCGAAGGACACCCGGGUGGCGGCUGGCGAGACUGCUCUGCUAGAAUGCGGGGCCCCAAAGGGCAAUCCGGAGCCCACAAUUAGCUGGAAAAAGGAUGAAAUCAUGCUGGAUCUGGACGACUUCCGAUCCAACAAGGAACUGGCACGAGUUCGGAUCGUAGACGGAGGAAACCUGCUGAUCAGCGACGUUCGGCCGACCGACGAGGGCCGCUACCAGUGCACGGCACAAAACAUGGUCGGCUCCCGGGAGAGUGUCUCCGCCAAACUUACCGUUCAAGUAAAACCCUAUUUCAUCAAUGAACCGACGGAUAUCACCGUGCUGGUCGGACAGAGGGUGCAGUUUCAGUGCACCGUCGGUGGAGAUCCACAUCCGCAGAUCCUGUGGAAAAAAGAAAAUGGACACAUUCCCGUUGGACGUGCGGAGAUUCUGGAGGAAGAUCGAAGUCUGGUGAUCAAAAAUGUGGCCCAAGAUGACCAGGGAAUGUACAUCUGCGAGGCGCAUAACUCGGUCGGACAGAUCAGUGCCAAGGCGCAUCUGGUUGUGAAUUCUUCCCCGACGUUCAUCAUUAGACCCCAGGAUCAACGAACCAACCUGAAUGGCGUGGCAACGUUCAAGUGCACCGCCUCCGGAAAUCCACCUCCGUCUGUGUUUUGGUCUAAGGAGGGCUCUCAGACGCUAAUGUUCCCAAACAACACGUACGGAAACAUUCACAUCUCCAACCAGGGCUCUCUUCAGGUGCGAGGUGCCCAGAAGGACGACGACGGAUACUUUGUCUGUUCGGCACUUAGCGUGGCCGGUUCCACCACCAGUCGUGCCUAUCUUCAGGUCACUAGCUCCUUCGACAGCAGUCCACCCCCGCUGCUACAGGUGGUCCCAGUGAACCAAACUCUGCCGCGGGGAAGCGUUGCGAUGCUUCCCUGUCGAGGAUCCGGUCCGUCUAGUCCGAAAAUAUACUGGAAAAAGAACGUUACCGACAUCACCGCGCUCGGAUCCCGCUUCUCCAUCGUUCAAGGAGGAACGCUGAAAGUUGACGAUCUCCAACCGGAGGAUUCGGACUGGUACACUUGCGUUGCCUAUUCCGAAAAAGGGGAAACCUCGUGGAGUGCCUAUCUAAUGGUCGAGAAGAAUUUCUCCGCGAUGCUGCACCGGUCCCACAGUGCGGAUUUGCUUCCGGCUGCACCGUCGAUUCCGAAAGCGGUCAACAUCACAAACAGCAACGUGACGUUAGUGUGGGCCAAGUUGGGAACAGGCUCGGGAACAAACGGUGGCAGUGCUUUACAGGAAAAGCUUCGCAACAAUCCGGUUAGUGGCUACUCGGUGGAAUAUUACAGCCCGGACGAAAAGGACGGUUGGGUUCGAGCGAUCAGCCGAGUGACCGGAAAUACUGCGACGAUAACCAACCUUUCGCCAUCGACUUCGUAUAUAUUCGUGAUACGCGCGGAAAACCCGCACGGAUACUCUGCCCCUUCGCCGUCAUCCAACGUGAUUCGGACGCUUUCCGCGGACGAUGGCGUCACGAUGCCGGAAGAACUUGAAACCGCCCGGAUGGUGCUUAACGGGAAGAUCCUGGAACUGGUGGAUGUGGUUGCCAUCAGCUCGACUUCAGUCCGGCUCGAGUGGCAGUUACACAUCUCCAGCACCGAAGAAUACAUCGAAGGACUGUACGUACGCUACCGGGAUUUAGGUUCCAAUUCGCAGAAGUACAGCAUGCUAACAAUAGCGAAUAAUGCGGCCGAAACGCAGGUAAUCACCGGCUUGGGUAAGUUUACCCGAUACGAAUUCUUCCUGACACCGUACUUCAAAAACGUCGAGGGUCAACCAAGCAAUUCGAAGGUGGUACAGACGCUGGAUGAUGCUCCAUCGGCCGCGCCAGUUAACAUACAAACCGGGAUGCUGAACGUGACCGCCGGUUGGGUGAAAUGGUCCCCACCACCACCCGAGCAUCAAAACGGAAUUCUACUCGGAUAUAAGAUUCAGGUUAAACCAGGAAAUUCGUCCAAAACGCUUGCCUCAAUGACCCUGAAUGCUACCACAACCUCGGUCAUGCUGAACAAUUUGACAACUGGAGCAACCUACCGAGCUCAAAUCGUAGCAUACAAUCGAGUGGGAGCAGGUCCUUACUCGAAGCCGGCCUAUCUUGUGAUGGAUCCUGCCCAUGUGAUAGCACCUCCCCGAGCUCACAACUCAUUGAGUGACAUUGGAGGAUACCGUCACAGUAACUUCAUGCACGAAACAUGGUUCAUGAUAUUCGUGGUUCUGGCUCUUCUGAUCAUACUGACCUUCACCGUCGUCGGUGUGGUAAUAUUCUUUAAGAAACGACAAAAUAUGAGCAAGGCAAUCGUGACGGUUCCGGUCAUUACCAGCGGCGAACUAGCCAGUAUGAAUAUCUCACGAAAAGAUUGCCUUUGGAUCGAUCGUGGCUGGAGAUCGACGGACACGGAUAAAGACUCAGGAUUGAGUGAAAUGAAGCUACUCGAAGGCUCACAGAAUCCAUCAAACUAUACAGAUGUAGGCACAGACUACGCAGAAGUUGACCCCCGAAGUAUAACCUCUUACUACAACUGCCGCAAAUCACCGGAUAACCCAUCGCCGUACGCAACUACUGUACUAAUGAAUGGUUUUUCGCAAGAAAAUGGAAAAUUACCGUAUCCGAUUGGUCCCAUUAAUCACGACAAUUAUUCAUCAGCAGCCUCUAGCAUUCGAUCGGAUAUACCCUAUGGUCCGGGUCAUUCAAAACCAUUCGCUAUGCCGUAUAAUGCAGCUCCUUCUAACUGGAUUGAUUUCCUACCCCCUCCACCGGAACACCCACCACCCAUUCCGCAAGCUUUAGAUCACCAUCUACAUCUGAAUCACGUCUACCCAUCGGAGCUGAUCGGAAUGACUACCAGUUCCCAAGGCUCCUGUUGUGGCUCGGGGCUAUCUAGCAGCCACAAUGCUCACCACUCAUAUCAAUACGUAGAUCCCUCAUUGCUGGGACGCGGCUCGUCCCGCAGUAGUAGCAACGAGCUUCGCAGUCCAACAGGACCGCCACAGCCUCCCACGCAUUUGUUCCUUCAUCACAGUCAUCAACUUCCACCGCCACCGCACUCGGCUUCCGCAUUAACCAAUCCCGGGGAGGUGUACUUCAACGAUGAAAUCUACAACAGUCCGGUUAAAAGUGCCGAACCGGUAAUGACAACUCAACAACAGCUGUUCAAAAUGCCCAGUUCUUCAUCGGCCUCGUCAAUAUCCUGUUGCCCGUCGAAUCAAUCGCGUGGUAGCCACGGGGCGGUGGGACCUGGUGGACUGCAACAUCAGAACUUCCUGGACUAUCAGCAGCAUCAGCUCGGCCAUCAACCGAUGGCAGUUGAACCGCACGGCGGCCAUCCGAAACGCUUAUGUGGCAGCUGCGAUGCCCUGACCAAUGCACCUCCGAAAAAGGCAGUUCCAUACCAGCAGGGCGGUGGGGGUACCCCGGAUUCCUACCAUCCUAAGCACCACCCCCGGCUCCUACGUGGCAACAGUAACGGAAGCACCAACGGCGGAGGUGAUCACGAAAAUGCCACCAGUUUCAACAACACUUGCUCCUCGGAUGGCUCCGGAAGUGGCACCAGUAGUGGAAGCGGAGGUUUCUCCCAGCGGUCAAAGUUUGCCCGCAAAGUACAUGUAAAUAUUGAGAAUACAAUCAAUGGAAACUAUCAUCAACAUCAUCAUCAUCAUCAUAAUCAUCUACACAAUCAACAUAAUCAUCAGAACGGACAUCAUCAUCACCAGCAUAAUCAGCAACAACAGCAGCAGCAGGAGGCGAUCAGCGAGCACGAAGAGACUGAACACGACAGAAUGCUUAAUAGUUGUAGCGGGGACACUGAAAACGAGGUCACAGUAAGUAACGGCCUCGGAUCAGAGUGCGACGAGGAUGGGGACACGUGCUGCUCCUGCAGUGAUGGUUCCUAUUUGUACGAGGAACCGGUUCAGGUCAAGUGUGAUUAAGGUGUUUUUUUUGUUAGAAUUAAGAGACCCUAUUUUCUUUGGGACACUCUUUCUUGCUCUGGUUGAGACACAAUCUCCGGAAGUCGCCUGACGGAUUUUCGUCGCUUCGGUAAUUACUUUAAUAGUAACAUGAAAUCCCACGAUAUUUAUAAGCAAUAGCAUCACUGAAAACAGUAGUUGCAAUAACUAGAGUGCGGUUAAAUUCGAUUGGAAACGGAAGCUCGAUUGCUCUCGCCGAAUCAGCAAAUCAAUUUCUUAUCGCGUAAGAGAUAGAAAGAAAAACCAUGAAUAGAACGGAAAUUAGAAGCUGAGCUCCUCAAGGCAGCAGCAUCGGCAGACAAGUCGAAAGAUGGAAACAAUUCCCAAUACCAUAUUAGCAUUCAGAUCUCUUCGAUAAGCAACUAUUAAGUUGCGAUGUGGGGAGGAAUACUAAUGACGGUACAGAC